ACGGGUCGUCACGCUCUUCACGUCAUUCUCAUUUCAUGUCUCAUUCAUUUCAUAUUGGCGGUGUAGGAUGAUCGUGGUUUUCUCUUAUAAAUUGCAAAAAUAUUGUUGUUAAAAGUGGUGCAGUGAGUGAAUCGGUGUCUGUGUUAUUAAUAAUAAUCAAACGGAGAACAUAUUGUGGUAACCAUGUUUAGUUGGCUAAAAAAGGAAGGGGAGAAGACGGACAGCAUUGAUAAUGUAGUGGAAGGGUUAAAAAAGAUAUACAGAACAAAACUUUUACCACUGGAACAGCAUUAUCAGUUCCACGACUUCCACUCGCCACAGCUAGAGGAGCCUGACUUCGAUGCGAAGCCGAUGAUACUCCUCGUAGGUCAAUACUCGACCGGUAAAACUACUUUUAUCAAAUACCUCCUAGAGAGAGACUUUCCUGGCAUACGGAUCGGUCCAGAGCCAACGACAGAUAGGUUUAUUGCGGUUAUGUACGAUGAAAAAGAAGGCGUUAUUCCCGGCAAUGCUCUUGUAGUCGAUCCAAAGAAACAGUUCCGGCCUUUGAGUAAAUUUGGGAACGCCUUCCUAAAUCGAUUUCAGUGUUCUACCGUUGCCUCACCGGUACUCCGGGGCAUAUCGAUAGUAGACACACCUGGUAUUCUAUCCGGUGAGAAGCAGAGAGUUGACAGAGGGUACGAUUUCACUGGCGUGUUAGAAUGGUUCGCAGAGCGUGUCGAUCGUAUCAUCCUGCUAUUUGACGCCCACAAACUCGACAUAUCAGAUGAGUUCAGACGCAGUAUCGAAGCUCUGAGGGGCCACGAUGACAAAAUCAGAAUAGUACUCAAUAAAGCUGAUAUGAUUGACCAUCAACAGUUGAUGAGAGUGUAUGGUGCUCUCAUGUGGUCUCUUGGGAAAGUCCUUCAGACACCAGAAGUAGCCCGUGUGUAUAUUGGCUCAUUUUGGGACCAACCCCUCCGUUAUGAUGUGAAUAGGAGAUUAUUUGAGGAUGAAGAGCAAGAUCUCUUUAGAGACAUGCAAUCCUUGCCACGAAAUGCGGCGUUACGUAAAUUAAACGAUCUGAUAAAGAGGGCGCGGCUUGCUAAGGUGCAUGCCUACAUAGUCAGUGAGUUGAGGAAAGAAAUGCCAUCGAUGUUUGGCAAGGAUGGUAAGAAGAAAGAGCUCAUUAAGAACUUGGGGCAGAUUUAUGAUCGCAUUCAGAAGGAGCAACAAAUUUCCCCUGGCGAUUUCCCUGAUGUUAAGAAGAUGCAGGAGACUCUAGCAAACCAUGACUUCACAAAGUUCCACACAUUGAAACCUAAACUACUGGAGGUGGUGGACAACAUGCUCGCCACAGACAUUGCUCGGCUUAUGGACAUGAUACCGCAGGAAGAUGUCAAUGUAGUCACAGAACCACUAAUAAAGGGUGGUGCAUUCGAAGGCGUAGAAGAUCAAGUCUCACCUUUCGGUUAUGGCAGAGGCGAGGGUGUUGACGCUGGGCACGGCGACCCUGAGUGGAUAUGCAGUAAAGAGAAGCCGAAAUACGACGAAAUAUUCAGGACCCUCAACCCUAUCGAUGGAAAAAUCACCGGAGCUGCGGCCAAGACGGAGAUGGUGAAAUCGAAGCUACCCAAUUCCGUACUCGGUAAGAUUUGGAAGCUUUCUGACAUUGAUAGCGAUGGUUUCCUGGACGAAGAGGAGUUUGCGCUGGCGAUGCACCUCAUCAGGGUGAAGACCGAUGGGCAUGACUUACCUUCGGAGUUACCACCCCAUCUCGUACCUCCAUCAAAGCGUAAUUGAAGUUUAAACACCAUCAGAGCGGCAUAACACCACUAUACGACUGUUAUACAAGCUUAAACAUCUUUAUACGCAAGUUGUCUAAUUUCAGAUAUUCCAAGGAAAGACAUUGUAGAUUGUAAAUGUGCUGUCGUUCAUUUCAUAGCGUCUUGCGUCUCAUGUAACAUUUGGACAGGCUCAGUAUAAGUUUUUUUUUAGCUGUUUAUAUAUACAGCAUAUCCACAAAUACUUAGUAAAAGUGGGUCGAGAGAAAUUCUUUGUACUAAGCCCUUGUAAAAAAAAAAAUCAUGCGCAUUUACCAUUAUAAGUUGUCAGCGAUUAAUUGCUUUAUUUAUUAAAAGUGUGGAAACAGCAGAAGUAAUGUAUGACUGACACGUUUUUAGUAUUUCAUAAUCAUUGCAUGAUGUUUUAAAAUUCGAAGUGUAUCAAAUAAUUUAUUGUUGUGGAGCAAACUUAUAUAAUCACUUUUAAAAAAAGUAAGAGCUUGCUAGGUCGUACUGUAGACGUCUAUGACCUUAUAUAACCGGUUGCUUAAAAACUGAUCGUUACUGAUUUCGAUGAUAACAUUUUUCUUUUUUUUUUUUGUAUUUGAUAAAAAAGUCGUGUUGUUUUUUUUUUAAUUGAGAAUGUUUGAAUUGUUCUAAAUACCUAAUAAAAUUAAUUUUAUAUUGAGAUAGAUAAGUUAUGGCUAUACAUCGCUAAUAUGCCGCUCCGAGGCUGGUCGAGUAUAAAUAAAUAUAAUGCAAUUACAAAGGAGCAAAGUUCCGUUGACUGAUGAUAAUAUUUUAAUGUGGGCAUAAUACAAAAGUCAAGCGUAAUUCUCAGAACAAAAAUAGAAAGGAAUAGAACGUAAGAAGCAGUGUUGCCAAUUUAGCACUUUCGUGAUAAGAUUUAACUAAUGUUUCACAUUUAGUUACUUAUAUUUUCAUUUAGCUCCUAGCUCCAAAUCUAGCUCUGAAUGAAGUUCCAUCGAAACAAGUGAAAAGUUUUAACUAAAAAAACCUUGAUCUCUUAUGAGUUUGGUACAAGUAAAUUUAUCCUAUAAUGGUAUUAUUCUAUAGAUAAUAAUUCAGCCUAAUUUGGGAUAUUCUGUAGUUGGCAAUACUGGUACAGAGUCCAGGCGAGUUUCAUAUAGUCAGUGUUUAAAAUAUAAAUUAAAAAAUAAUAUGAAAUAUUGUAUAUUGAAAGUUAAUUAUAAUGUAAAUAACAUGCAAUAUUAUGUCUGUUGUCAACGUCUUAUAUGCUUGCGUAUGCGAUUUGCAAUUUGCAUUAUGCAUUAUGCGAUUAAGAUUGCAAGGUCAUAUUACCAUGCACUAUGUGAUUCUUAUUUCUCUCUUAAGAUUGCCAACUAGAUGAACUCUGGUGGACUCUGUAUAAACAUUUGAUUGUGAUGAAAUGUAAUUUGUUAUAAAUGGUUGAUAAAGGGGGUUCAAACGAGGUAUUUAUUGUAUAACUAAUAGAAGCUCUAAAUUUAUAUUUUCUAUUAUUGAAUAUUUAAAAAAAAAAAUUAGACUAGAAAAAUCAUCGAAAUUAAAUAAUUUUUUUAUUGUAUUUGGUUUCCUCAACACACUUAUGCUCGAUUUAAAAUAUUGUAAAGGCGUUAUGUAACGUGGUGAAUUUAUAAUACGAAACUAUGCGUAAUUUUUUUUAUAAGAUCACUAAAUUCACAAUAUGCACUGUUAGUAACACGAUAAAUGCAUUACCAUAAAUGUUAUAUGUUGUUCUAUAGUUGAAGAAAAAAAUGGCAAUAUAUUUAAUUAGCCCAAUUCUAUAUUCAGUUACUUUUUUGUUCAUAAGUCCAUAUCUUCUGGGAGGACGAUGACACUCCAUUGAUUUGCUGGCGUCCAUAACACGAAUAAUUGUCAUCAGGCGGGCCGCAUGCUUGUAUGUCACCUCAGGGAAAAUUUAGGAAGUAAUUCACAUUCGAAAAACGAGUAUUAUACAACCAUGAGAAUUAACAUUGUUGAUGUUAUAACAACUCGGGUUGUACAAUAUAUGCAACGAAAUCGCCCCGAUGAACGAGAAGUGUCACAGAUCCGUAUUAAUAAAUCAAUUUUAUGUUGUGAGCUGUCUUGAGCGAGCAUUGAAGAUGUUAUGUUGAUUAAUAAAUAUUACUUGAAAGUUAAAAACGCAUAAAUAAAACUCAGUGAUGGUUUGGAUCGUCUAGUACCUACUGUCGUCUAUCCAGAGUGCGGUUCGUUCGUAACUUGAGAUCUGUAACAAUAUGGCGGGAAACUGAUAAUUUUUUUUUAUUAUUGUGAGACUCCAUUACUGAGCAAAGGUUUCUUCCUAUUAUGCCAUAUAGUUAGAUCAACACAGAAAAGCUUAAAAUGAAUAAAUUUGCUCACUUGUAUUCGACAUAAGUCUAUACGCUAUUCAGAUUUAUUAAUACGGGCCUCAUCAGUACGCAAGAAAUAGUUUUGAGUUUGUACCGUUAUUUUUUUCGAAUAGUUUUUUUUUGUAUUUAUUUAUUACCUACAUACUCUCUAUUGUCUACGAUCGUUUACUUUUAAAUUUAGAAAGCUAAUUUCUAUUAUGGAGAAAGAUUGUUUUAAAUGUUACACUGGCUGUGAAUGCUAAAUUGCGUUUUAAUGUCUCAUAAAUAUUAAUUUUGUGUGGCGGAGGGCAUCGUUGUCUAUGGAUGACAGAUAAUUAUGUGACAACAAUAUUCUUAAGAUGUAUCCGAGACAAAAUGUUUUAAUUAAGUAUAUUAAUACAAAUCACCACAUGGAAAGGCAUAGUAAUACUUGUUUUUUUUUAAUUUUAUUUGUGUAAAGACACCAUUAAUUUAAAAUCAAAAUUACUGUUAUAAUUUAACUUUAUUUUUCUUACAUAUCAUAUUAAAUAGCAAUCUAUUUGCCGGUUUAUCUGAUAAAGUCUUAACCGUCACCUAUAAACAUGAACAAGACCAUGGACAUUAUAGUAUACACUGUGACGCCUAUAGUAUCCCUUACGUGUUGCUAUCACUGAAAAAUAAAACUGAUACCCAAUUAUGUACACGCAAACAAAACCAAAAAUAUAAGUGGGACAGAGGUAUUUAUGCAGACGAGUUUUGUCCAAUACCGUGAUAUAUAAGACAUAUAAUUGCCAUAAAUUGAUUCGCCACGUUAAAUAAAUAUCCUCAGAGGCCUUUUAUUAGAUUACAAAGCAUUUACAGCUGGUAGUCAGUGAAAAUUGUGCAAUAUUAAGGUGGAUUUAGACUGAACGAGUGGAGGAUACGUUAUUCUUUCCCUUCCCAAAUUUAUGAUAUACGUGCCAAGAGUCUUGAUGAGCUUUGGCAUGUUAUAACUAAUACCUACUGCCUCGCUUUCCCAUGAUCGCGAAUUUACAAACAUUUCUAUUCAUGAUCACGUCUUUUUAAAUUAUUUAUAAAAAAAAAGUGUAUCAACUGUCUAAUAGCCAUAGUACAAGAUCUGUUUAGUUAACAGAUGACGCUGUGAAAUAUGUCCAGUGAUUUUAAUAUUUUUUAGGUACACAAACUUUAUUCGCGAGCCACGCACGUAGUCUAAAUGCACCUUUAAAUCAUCUAUUUAUGCAAUAGUCGUUGCCACGCUUGUUGCGUUCUGGGCUCGGUAAUAAGUAAAUUAAUAUGAAAAAAAUUAUAAGCUAUCCAAAUUAUUGAAGUGAAACUUCUUUAUGGAGAUUUAGUACAAUUGUCAUAAGAGAUGUUUAUAAAAAAAUAUAUUAGUUUGCAUAAACAAAAUGUGUGUCGAGUUACACGUUGCAAUACUGCGAAGUUACUCGAGUUGCAACAGAAAUUAAUGUAUGUUUUAUUUAUAUAUAUACAUAGAAGAAGUUUCGCUUCUGUCGGUCACUUCAAGUGCCACUUUUUUACAAUUAUACAUGUAUUUAUUCAUAUUAAUCACGCCUAAAUGUCGCGAAAAAAAAACAAAAUUUAUUUAAUUAUCUAUCCAGUAGUAUAAUUUUAGGUUACUUAUUAUGAAAAAUAUGCUUAUUGCAAUGUUUAGCUUUAUAAAACUUAAUUUAUUUGGUGAGUUUAAGUUGUUUUGGUGCUCCCAUUAUAGAGGUUUGUUUAAUGAUAUUUAAGUUUUAAGUGUCACAUUAAAAUUUUAUGUUUUAUUUUAAUAUAAAAUAUAUUAUUAAAUAUUAGUUGUUCCUAUUAGAAAGUCUGCAUAGACAAAUGAGUUUGAAAUUUAUUAACAGGAUGCUUUUUUCUUAAAAAAAAAAACUUUAUUUAUCUUUCUCUGUCUUCAUUUAUGUACUUAUAUUAAUCGUUAUAUUUAACUAUAAAUAUCACUUCCAUUACGCAUUUUUGUUAACAUGUAAUAAUACGCUCUAGUACGAUAUUUCUAAAAAUGUAUUUGUAUUAUCAGUGCCUUUACUGUAUUUAAUAUAUAUUAUAGCUUUUUUAUGUACAACUUUUUUCACUUGCGGUUAGUUCGCAAUUUAAGCUGUAAUAACAAUAAAUCGAAUAAUAACAUUUUGUACGUGGGGUGAUGAGAUAUAUGUAAAUACAGACAUUUAUAUGCGUUCGAUUUUGGAUUGAAUUUUUGGACCCUGUUCAGGAUUUGUAGACAUGGGUUUUUUUUUUAAUAAUGGUACCUACUCUAUUUGGUAACAUUAAUACGGGAGAUGUGUUUUUACAUUUUGCUACUGUGUGUACAUAAAAUAUGUAAAUGUAUUGAUGAUAUAAUAAAUUAUACAUAGUGUAAUAAAAUAAAUAGUUAAGAUGGUA